UUAUAGGCGACCCUCCCUUACUACAGAAUAGUUUCCAUCGCACAAGCGAACCUUGAUCAUUUAGUUGGAUCAUAUUUACAAUUUUUACAUUCCCUGAGGAGAAAAAGACAAAAGAAGAGAGAAGGAGCCGAACGAUGAGAAGGCCUCAAUCUCUGCCUCUACUGUAAGUUCCCCUUCUUAAAACAAAUUAAUCCUAAGGUCCGAAGAAUUUCUCACAAAAUGCAUUCUUCCAGUAAACAACCCGGAGCAACUUUCAAGAACAGAGGAAAGGCACUGAACCAUGAUGAGUCUGAUAAAGAUGAAGACUUCUACAGUGAGAUUGCACCACGGAUUACUUGCAUGCCAAUCCAGAAACGGCAACCCUACAAAAGAUGUGAAGAGUAUUGUGGUGAUGAAUAUGGGCAAUGGAGGAUGGAACAAAUGAAGGGAGCAGAAAGGUUAGAGAAGGAGCUGAAGGGAAGGUGGUCAAUGGAGGAUCUGAUUGAUGAGCAGGUGAAGCGUUUCCAGGCGCAGUACAGCAGUAUCCCGACCAAGCUGAUCAAAGAUGUAGCCGAGGUCUUGAUGCCAAAAUGGGCCCCGCCCCGUGAGCUAGCAGCCCUUUCCUGGUUGGGCGAUUGGAGGCCCUCGGCCAUCCCGCGCCUCCUCCACUCCCUAAUCCACGCGGGCACCCUUCCCGAGUCCCGCGCGGUGAAGACGGUUCUGCCCCUGCUGAUGGAGGAGUUGCGCGCGGAGGAGGCAGUGAUCGAGGAGGAGAUGGCUGAAAUCCAAGCGAAUUGCAUCUUUCACCUCCCUUUGGGAAUGAUGAGGAAGAAGAAGGGGGGUGUGGCGGCUUUAGCUUGUGUUCACACCGAAUUCAAAAAGGUUCAUCAGGUUCUCAUCAAGGCCCAAAACCUGAGGGUGAAAGCAAUGCAUGUGAGUGUGAAGAAGGUGGUGAGCCCCCCAACAGAUGCGGCUCAGUUCUUGGUUGCAUUUGCCAGGCUUCAAGAUUUGAUCCAUCAACAUGCCAUGCGCCACCAUCUCAUUCAUGGCCCUGUUUCUGUCCUCACAGCCUAGCCGCCCGUCCACCUACACGCACUUGCAAAUUUUACAAUCCAACCCAAUACGUACAAAAAUACUCUAUAGCUGUUCUGAUCUUCAUUAUGUAUAGUAGGUGUGUGUGUGUGUGUUUCGGAAUUGUGAUGGUCUUCAUUACUCCAGCCAUACGGACAGUGUCAGAUCAG